AUGUUACUGCUGACGCAGUCUGCGCUUAACUCGGGCAAGAAGAUCAUGGGCUUUGUGAUGGAUGCUCUUGAUCCGGCUGGUUCCGAGAUUGUUCGUGCUCGUGCUGGAGGUGGGUCGGCGUUGACUAGUCAACAGUUGUGGCUCGUUCCCAGUAUCUUCCCCUUCCUCCUCGCGCCAAUCUUCUCCAGUCCGGACAAUCUGGGCCGCUAUGUUCGGGCCAUGGUCGCUAUGGAGGUGGCAGAUCGCAUCAGUGUGGAGCCCGUCACCCCCGCUGGCAAGGCGGCUGUGUGCAAUGCCUUCCAAGACCUCGUCAAGGCUUGCAGCUGGAGCUGUUUCGUGGUGCGCUCACCUUCGUUUACUGCGGAAGGCUUGCAUGUUUUGCAAAAUUCCCAGCAAGAGCAGGUCAAGCAGGCAACUCGAGUUAUAAGGGUUGCUCUCGGCACCAUCCACAAAGGGCUUGACAUCGCUCGCAAUCUGGUCGUUAACGGCGUCGUUACGAAUUGCAAUGUCGGAGAGGCCAAGAACAAGGAACUGAAAGCAUCGGCUCCUUCGGCGAGUGGACGAAACAACGCCCGGCAUAUUUGGCGUGCUACGAACGACAGCUUAGCUAUCAAAUCGCUGGCGGACGGAAUCGAGUGGACAGCCUCGGGUUGGACCGGAAGCAAGUGGGAGAGGCGAACGGUCACGGCAGGCGACCUCUGUCGCCAGACCCUCCAGGACGUAUUUUCCGUCCUGCCGCUCGCGCCCGCUCUGUCGGACACGCUGUCGGCGGGGCGAUCAUGGGGUAAUGUGGAGUGGGAUGAAGACCUUCUCGGGACGGAGGCAUCACUAACGGGGACCCUCCAGGACGUAUUUUCCGUCCUGCCGCUCGCGCCCGCUCUGUCGGACACGCUGUCGGCGGGGCGAUCAUGGGGUAAUGUGGAGUGGGAUGAAGACCUUCUCGGGACGGAGGCAUCACUAACGGGGGUAGACCGAGCUGACUGUCCGGGCCUGCACAACGGUUCCGUGACUUGCUUCAACCAUUGGGGAAACUCGCCGGAGGAGGCUAGCGCAGGCACAGGCACUCUACGCGGUGGUCCAGUAAAGGACGCCGCCGAGUUCGGCAACAAGUGGAUGAUCCAGGAAACGUCGAGAGCGAACGACGUUGGACUCUACGUUGAUACCAACGCUCGCCGUUUCGGGGAGCGCGAACAGGCAGCCACAACCCUCGGGAGAAUCGCCUAUUGUUUCGAACACCAAGGGAAUGACAGCAGGCAUCUCGUAGACGGCAAGGUUCAAGAAGGAGGGGAGUGGACGAUCUGGGUUGCGGUGGAAGAGUACAUUACUGCCGGGAGGGGCCAAGGGCGCAAGGUCAACCACCCGACGGGCUGCGACGUCUUCUACCUUCGCAGCCAAGAUGUGUUGGGCUCGCCUCGCGUUCGAUGCCUGUUGGAGCCGAGCAUGGACGCAGAGGGGUUAAACGACAGAGGGGGGCGUGGGCGGUUCCAUUGUGGACGGCAGAUGGAGAGACGGGCGAAAAGAUCAUCGCGGAGACGGGGGAUGUGGGUGGAUGUGGCAGAGGGACAACACUUACGGGUCGUGGGCAAUAGGUACCUUGCGAAGGAGCCGGGAACAGGGUGGGUGGGAGAGAGAGCUUGCGCCCGAGUCACGCCGUUGCAGCCGUGUGUCCCUGCGUUGGUUUGGUUGCCAGACGUUGCGGCGGGGAUGCGAUACGAGAUGGCAUGCCCACACAUGCCCGCGGACCCUUGUCUCAGCAGGACAUAA